UUGAAUGCAUAUUGUGAGUGAGGAAUAGAGGAAAUUCAAAAUGGAGUACUUGAAUUUUGUGUGUUUGAUUGUUGCAGGUUUAUUGAGUGGAUGGGCUUUUGUAUUUAGGUUUCUCAAGAGUGUGAACGAGUGGUAUUAUGUUGGCAGGAUGGGAGAAGUGGCACUCUCUCUCCCACCAGGUGAUUUGGGAUGGCCUUUUCUUGGGAACAUGUUGCCUUUCAUCAAGUCUCUAAGUGCUGGUGACCCUAAUUCUUUCAUCAAUAGCCUCGUAUCCAGAUACGGGAAGACAGGCAUCUACAAAACCCACUUGUUAGGGAGCCCAACUGUCAUCGUUUGCUCGCCCAAAUUAUGCCGGCUUGUCUUAACACAUGACGAGAAUUUCAAACCUGGUUAUCCUAAAUCCACCAGUAUUUUAGCAGGGAGAAAAUCCCUACAUAAUGUUUCAAGCGUAGAACACAGGCGUCUGCGCCGUCUGCUCACAACUCUCAUCAACGGACACCAAGCGCAAGCAAUAUAUGUCGAACAUAUAGAGGACAUUGUUAGUAAUUCCUUGGAUGAAUGGGCUAGCAUGAACAAGCCAUUUGAGCUCUGCACAGAAAUGAAGAAGACUAUCUUCAAGGUCAUGAUGCACGUUUUCAUGGGUUCUGUUAGUGAUUCUACUUUCUCAACAACACAGAAUCUGUUUAAUGACUUUUUUAAGGGAAUAGUUUCCUUGACCAUUGAUAUCCCCGGGUUUGCUUUCCAUAAAGCACGCAAGGCAAGAAAAGAGUUGGUGAAAAUCAUUCAAUCUAUCUUGGACAAAAAGAGGAUGACGGCUAAAAGUGACGAUCAACACAAGGGAAAGAAAGAUAUGAUGGAUUUGCUAAUGGAGGCUGAGGAUGAGGAUGGUCAAAAAUUGGAAGAUGAGGAUAUCAUAGCUUUGCUGCUCGGUUUCUUCUCAGCUGGUUUUGGGAGCACGACAACUAAUACAUUACGGGCAAUAGUAAACCUAGCAAACCAUCCUGAAGCCCUAAAACAAGCUAAGGAAGAACAAGAGGAGAUCACGAAGAGAAGGCCAUCUACCCAGAAAGGAUUGAACUUAAAGGAUAUUAGACAAAUGGAAUAUCUUGCCAAGGUAAUUGAUGAGAUGUUGCGCAUAACAAAUGUCACAGGGUUAUUCCGAGAGGCAAACGACAAUAUUAGCAUCGAUGGCUACACAAUACCAAAAGGAUGGAAAAUUUAUGUCUGUCUUGGACCUAUUCAUAUGGAUCCUGAAACUUAUGAAAGCCCACAAGAUUUUAAUCCGUCAAGAUGGGAUAAUAUACAAGUCAAAGGAAGGACUUUCCUUCCCUUUGGAGCAGGAAGCAGAUCUUGUCCUGGAAUGGACUUGUCCAAGCUUGUCAUGGCCGUUUUCCUUCAUUUAUUUGUCCUUAACUACAAGCUCAAGCGACUUAAUCCAGAAUCUCCACUACGUCACUCAAUGAUGGGACCAAUGGCCGAAGACAACUACCUCGUUGAAGUUAUAAAGAUCCCAUAAACCAUCCUAAUAUCUACAUGUGAUGCUUUGUUUUGGGUCAUGUUUUACUUGCUUUAUUAAUAAAUGCCUUGCACCAUGUAAUAGUGUGCAUGAAAAUGUUGUUAACUUAUCAUAUAUAUAAUCAUAUUAGCCUUCUAUUCCAAAGA